AUGAGCCUGCCCACACUGGCACUGAAUUCACUUCAGGUCGUGAAGCACGGCUCAUUCGCCGACAUCCUUUUUUUGCCGACACUUCCAAAGACUUCCGCGAAGAGACACUCCCUCGCACUCGGUCCUCCUUUGCAUGCUGUGGUCGGAGAGCCUUCGCAGUCGCUAGACAGUGUCCUUCUCAGGGUGGUGCAGGCGGUGAGGCCCUACAAUGUCGACGCGAUCGAGCCCGGGAUCUCCAGAAAGGCGGACUCCCUCUCUGAUGCACUCUUCGACCCCCUGCCGGCGAUUGUGACCAACCAGGUCAUCAUGCAGCCGGGCUGUCGUGUUCCUGACGAGAGGAAAGGCAUUGUCUUGGCCAUUGGUGACCCUCAAGACUUGCAGGUUCUGUACAAUCAGACCACGCUCAGCUCCGACUUGCACGACAGCUUCAUCCCAGGAGUUGCUGGCCAGGAUGUCGCGUUUCAGCUAGUGGAGCAGAGCUUAUUCCGUGUACAGAAGCGGCCUUCGGCGGAUCUUUGCCUGCUUCGUGCGGACGACCUGGAGCGCUUGUCACAGAGGUAUGGUGAGGAUUAUCAGAAGCUGCAUCAACGUGCACGAAAGAUGACGUGCAGCCUCAUCCGGGCAUGGGCUCGAAAGCUUCUCAGCCAAAGACCCCGAGUGAAAAGCUUCGAAAAGAGCAGUGCCACAUACAGCUUGCAGGAAUUCAUGUCCACCUUCGCGGAUUUGAUGCAAGUAAGAGUCCAUGCAGCCGGGCAAACGAUCUGCGCCGAGGGAGACCUGCCAGGUCCCGUAACUUGGAAUCCGCCCAGGUGCGAUGCAAUGUCUACCGAGGCCGAGAGCGACUGCGUGGCAUGGGUGUUGCAAAUCAAAGACUCGGAGGAACUCCGCGUGAAGUUCCCGCGCGAGAGCGGCCUUUUCGAUCGAAUCUCCAUCAGGCAUCUGCAACUUCUUAGCCCGCACAUGGAUGGCAUGCAGCUUUCCAGCAUCCAGCAUCAUUCGGCUUUCAUUGAUGCCGAGAUGCUGAGCAGCAGCUUGGCAGAUGCCCUGCCACGUGAAAACAUGUGGUGCGAGAGUGCGGCAGAGCUGAGGAUCUGCUCAAGAGACGAGGUUGUCGUGCAAGAAGGAGAGUUUGGAGAGGAAAUGUUUGUCCGAAGCCUACACAAUUAUUGCCUCCGCCUCUGUGCUCGCAUCGACAACGUGUGGUGGCAGCGACCGGCCUCCUGGUUGGAUUGCCUCGCUGCCCUGGGAAUUUCCAAGACGCGAAAAGAGACCGUCAUGGCUGACACCGUGUGUGAUAUCCGGGCGCUUAGCCGCAAAGCGCUCUUGGCCGUGCUCGAUAAAUUCCCGGAAGAGGAGGAGCGAAUGAUGGCCAUCGUGGAGGCACACAGCCAAAGCAGGAAGGCGGCCUCCCUGGCAUUGGAGCAGGCCAGCGCCGGCGAGGGAGGCUUCAGUCAGGAUUUCAUUCGAAUGCUGGUGGACAACAUGUAUGAACAGCCCUACAUGGUGAACCAGGUCAUCCUGCAGCAGGGGAUGCUAGGCACCCAUUUCGUGGUACUGGUGCAUGGAAUUGUGGAGAUUGAAGCGAAUGGAAUGGUAGUCGCGACCGUGAGUGCUCCAGGCAUCUUCGGCGAGCGUGGCUUCCUGGUAUCCGGCAGUCGAAGUGGAGCAACGGUGAGAUGCACCACCGUGGCCGAGUGCAUGAUGCUCCCUGUCGACGGCCCAUCCACGCCAGUGAUCCGGCAACUGUACCAGGCUGACAUCCACCAGAUGGGCACCAAGAAGGACAAAUCCAAAGACAAGAAGGCGUCAGGCAGGAAGAAGUCAAAAGCCAAGAAGAAAGAGAAGCACAAGUCCAAGAAGAAAGAGAAACACAAGUCCAAGAAGGCCUACAAAGAUGACAGCAGCAGUUCAUCAACCUGCUCGCACGAGGCGACGCCGAAGGCCGAAGCCCCCAAGGCCCUUGACACGGGAAUCGCGCAGGAGAUCCGGGCUGCAUUGAAACGGCGCGCCGAGGGCGAAUCCGCCACGGACGUGGCCACAGCGAGGGAUGAUGCAUUGGGUCGGCAUGAUGCGCGGAAGACUCUGCUAGGUCCAAGUCGAGAUGAAGUCCUGAGCGAGUCACAGAAGGCAGAGCGGGAUGCCCUGAACCAGGAGGCCGAAGAAGUCCUCAAACUGCACAGGGACCUUCGGCUCCGUGCAGGGACCUGGAAAGCUGGCGAAGGCGCCCUGCAGCACAAGGUGUUAGCCUGGAUCGAGUCCCGAAACGCGCAGACGUUACGAUGGCCGGCUGCACGGAAGCAAAUGCCUGCGCUGAGGCAGAACACAAGCUUCCUCAAGAAUUGUGACCCGUCCUUCCUUACACGCAUGGCGCAGCAUUUGGAGAAACAGGUGUUCAUGGCUGGACAACCUUUGCUUGAAGAGGAUGUUGAUGCAGGAUUCUGCCUGCUUAUCCAACAAGGCGUGGCAUGCGUGGAGAAGGCAGGCAAGGUCGUGGCAAAGAUCGGUGCGGGAGAGUUCAUAGGUGAGCUCGUGGCUUUGGGAUUUGCGACUGCUGCUUCCCAAACUAUUCGGGCAGAAGAAAGGGUGCUGGCGUUCGCCAUAAACAACGAUGCAUUCCGGGAGCUGGUGGACGAAUUUCCGGAGGAGAAGCAGAAGCUUUUGGAGCUGGCCCGACAGCGCAUGCAGGCCAAUGCUGGGCGGCGGCGGAGUUCGCGAGGUUUGUUUGGUCGACCGGAUCUCCUCAAGGCGGUGAAUGUUGUUGCGGCAUUCCAGAAGAGCGAGGAGCGACGAUCCUCUCGAAGUCUGACCGGCGAGGGCGUCUUACUGCAGCCGGAAGACACUCAGCAGGUGCGACGACUUCCCGGCUACCGGAGUGGUGUCAAAUGGGUAAAGCAACGACGCGCAGCGCUUGAGGAAGCAACGUAUGUAAAGCUGAAGAGAACCACACUCAGAAACCAACAAGCACCCGGCGACGAGUUUGAGCCGUUGAUGCCGCUGCCUCCACUCCAGGGCUAUCGACCCCCCGAGAAAGGCCCAGGAACACCUUGGUCUGCGCAGUCGCAGCGUCAGGCCAUGCCUGCGUCUGUGAUGAGGUUGCGCAAAUUCAAGAAGCUGUAUGGGAGCCAUCCGGAUGACAAGGGCAGCUCUACAGCUACACGGCCUCGUCCUUUGGAGCUGAAUGACGACGCGCAGGAUGAGGUGGCUGUCACGAUGGAGCCUGCCUCACCAACUUCGCCGGAAGCAGCGCAAGCUUUGAGACAUAAGCUUGCCGGAACACUCGCGCCCUCUAUGUUCGAGCAGAUGCACAAGUGGUUCUCAGCUGUGCAGGGAGAUCACGAAGAGGAGCGCAGCCCAAUCGAAAAGCUGAGCCUCUUUCUGCAGCAGGAGGAGGAGGCUGAAGAGAGCUACAGACGAGAACGACGGCAUUCGCACCUUUGCAAGGGCUUCCAUGCCUGGAAGGUUUUCUGUUUUGGUCGAGGCACUGCAUCGAAAAGCGCUGCUGCGGCGGAUGAGCCCGACAUUGUCGACCUGGACUACAGCUCUCGAGAAGGUGGGGAGGGGUGGUUGGCUUUGGACAUUGCAGACCGCGUUGUCCAGAUGAUCGACAACGUGUUGGAAGCAGAUGAGGUCAAACAGGAGCAUCCGAACCAAGGAGAGUGUGCAUGUUUUUGA